AAGAGAUUUCAGCUGUGAGACUCCAGGACUCAUCAAGGUAUCAAGAUGAGAUUCAUGACCUUUCUCAUGUGUGUCCUUCUGCUGAUGCAUCAAAGCAUCCCUCUCUCCAGACCACAGUGUCACAGCUGUGAACAAACGUCCUGUAAAUGCUCGAGACAAAACCUGACAACGGUCCCCGCAGCCCCCUCAAAGCUCAUCACUGGACUCGAUCUCUCAUUCAACAGCCUGAAGACAAUAACAAAGGAUGACUUUGUUGCAUUUGCCAGUUUACAGUCUUUGAUCCUGAAUAACAACAUAAUCCAAAAGAUCCAGGAGCAAGCAUUUGUCCCGCUGACUGAUUUACAGAAAUUAGACUUGUCUUUCAACACACUGGAUUCACUGUCUGCUGGAUGGUUUGAAAGUCUUGUUUCUCUUCAGAACUUGAAUCUGUUGGGGAACAAAUACAAAAUGUUGGGUCGAGGCAAUCUUUUCCAGCCACUGAAGAAAUUAAAGAUCCUACAUAUUGGAGGAUCGGACUUGCAAUCUGUCGGAAACAGUGACUUUUCUGGCCUCAGUGGUGUUGAAGAGGUGAUUUUUGAUGGAAACAAUCUGCUAAGCUACACAAAAGGAAGUUUGAGACAAAUUGGGCCAAUUAAAUAUGUGAGCCUUGGUCUGAAUGGCCCGUUUUCAAGAAAUCUCACACUAGUAAGAGAUAUACUGUCUGAUGUUGUACACCCUGACACAACCCUGACUUUUACUGACACAUGGUUCUCCACAACUGAGCAAAUGUCCCCAUUUAAAUUAAGCAGAACCACAAGUAUUGUUUUUAAAAAUGCUACCAUGACGUUUGCACCAUUUUUUGCAUUAUUAAAUAGUCUGUUCUACUCUAAUGUAACUAUGUUGGCACUUGAAGAUUCUAAAUUCUUAGGUCAUUUUGAGGGGGAGGUGUUAUCUCCCCCACAAAUUAAAAGUUUUCAGGCAGUUGUCUUAAAAAACGUUGAUAUCCCUGAGUUUUACAGCUUCCCUACCCAGUUUCUCCUGUACACUCUGGUGAAAGCGGGGCGAAGGUUGUCUGUGAUAAACUGCAAGUUGUUUCUCAUUCCUUGUAAAUACUCUGCUUUUCUGAAGGUGCUGGAGUAUUUGGACAUCAGUGACAACCUGUUAAGUGAUAUAGCUCUUAGCCAAAUGAUGUGCGAUGGCAAUGAUGGGGAUAGGAGACUGCAAACGCUCAAUAUCAGCAGGAAUCACCUGCAGUCAAUCAACAGUCGGCUUUUCACCAAACUGGAUAGACUUAAAAACAUUGACAUGAGUGGAAAUACAUUCCAUAGUAUGCCUGAGACUUGUUACUGGCCGUUAAAUCUCCAAUUCUUAAACCUUUCAUCAACACAUUUAACAAAAGUGACCCCUUGUUUGCCAUUGAGUUUACACAUCCUCGAUCUAUCAGACAAUGACUUGACUGCCUUCAUGAUCAAACUACCAUUUCUAACAGAGUUAUACAUUUCUGGCAACAAGAUCAGUAGUUUGCCAGAUGGGCGUGUAUACCCUCUUCUCGCAUUUCUCUCCAUUCGGAACAACAGUUUACAGACGUUCAGCAGCAAAAAUCUAAAUGAUUACAAUAAUCUGAGCAGUCUGGAGGCUGGUACUAACACGUAUGUCUGUUCAUGUGACUUUGUAGACUUAAUGAGGAGUGGCUUGACAAAUCAUCAAGUCACAUUUGUUGAUGGGUUGAAGUCGUACGUCUGUGACUCCCCUGACGCUGUGAGGGGAAAGAUUGCGGCGGACGCGAGGUUGUCAGUCUUUGAAUGCCACACGGCUUUAGCUUCUUCUCUACUCUGCUCAGGCAUCCUGCUGUUCUUUCUGCUCGUUGUUGGUUUGUGUCACAAAUUCAGCGUUGUGUGGUACAUGAGGAUGACCUGGGCCUGGCUGAGAGCCAAGAGGAAGCCAAAGUUAAAAAAGGGAGAGCUUGAGUAUGACGCCUUUGUGUCCUUCAGUGAAAUGGACUCUGGCUGGGUGGAGGCACAUCUGGUCCCGGAGCUGGAGCAGGUGGAGCCUCGUCUCCGGCUCUGCCUCCACAAGAGAGACUUUGUUCCUGGAGGCUGGAUCUUGGACAACAUCAUGGACGCUAUCGAGAAAAGUCACAGAACUCUGUUUGUCCUCUCUCAGAGCUUCAUCAGGAGUGAAUGGUGCAAGUACGAGCUGAAUUACACCCAUUUUAGAUUGUUUGACCACAAUGACGACACAGUGGUGCUGAUUCUGUUGGAGCCCAUUGACAAAGAGACCGUCCCCAAAAAGUUCUGCAAGCUGCGGAGAGUCAUGAACUCCAGGACGUACCUGGAGUGGCCUGAGGAUCACGAUCAGAUCCCCGGGUUCUGGCACAGUUUGAGAAGAGCGAUCAAAAAACCUGAGACUGGUAAUGGGAACGUUGUACAGUUUGACAAUGUGGAAUUAAUUUAGGGUUUUGCUUUUUUUUGUUGCUUUUUUACUCAGUAACUUUUGAGAGCCUUUAAGUUUCACUAAUAGUUUGAUAAAUGUGACAAAGCAUAAGUUUGUAAUGUCUCA